UGUUAGUAUUAUAUUAUCACCCGUUCAGAUAUUCACUGUGCCUUAAACAAAAUAUGGCCACAUCUCUCUCGGUCCGGCCCAACCGCACAAUCAUCGGUAGUGACCCGGCCGGUUCAAACCGGCCUACUCCAAUCCGUCCGGUUCAUUUUCCGAAAAUUCUGAACUCCGUUUGUUUACGGCGGAGGUUAGCGGCGUUUGGUUCUCACCGCCGGAAAUUGGAAACCGUUACCGUUAAAGCAGGUUCUAGAGCUGAUGAUUCGGCUCCGUUUGAGAUGUCGGUUGAGAAUGCGUUGAAGUUGUUAGGUGUUAGUGAGGGUGCGAGCUUUGAUGAUAUUCUUCGUGCUAAAAAAUCAAUUAUCUCUACUUGUAAUGAUGAUCCAGAUACUAUUGCCCAGGUUGAGGCUGCAUAUGAUAUGCUUCUCAUGCAGAGCUUAUCACAGAGGAGAGCUGGAAAAGUUGUGGACAGUAGUGUACGCUUUGCUGAUGUUAAAGCUGCUAACGCUUCUGGGAUGGGAUCAAUGCCCAAGUGGCUGCAAACGUCUGUCAAGAGCUCACCAGUCUCAGUUGAAGCACCAGCUGCUAAAGAGCUGGGUGUUCAAGCAGGAGUCUAUGGAGCCUUAAUGGUCUUAACAUAUGUUAAUGGGGCGUCAACACCUUCAGGAGUAUCAUAUGGAGCUGAUGUACCUGGACUAAUCUUAGCCACGAGCUUUGGGGCCACCUUGUACUUCAUGACCAAGAAAAAUGUCAAGCUGGGGAAAGCAAGCGUGAUAACAAUUGGUGGGCUGGUUGCUGGUGCGGUGGUAGGUUCAGCAGUAGAAAAUUGGUUGCAAGUAGACAUUGUUCCAUUUCUGGGUAUACACACUCCUGCUACGGUUGUGAGUGAAUUUAUACUUUUCUCGCAAUUUCUGGUCUCGUUGUAUCUGAUAUAGGGCAACACAAAGGCUUGUAUGACCUGCUACUGCAAGGUCUCUGGCUAUUUGUUGCCCACUCAGGUGCUUAUCUAGGACCAGUAAUUUGUCAAAUGUACAAAAAGAAUGUUCCUAAAACUCUGGAAUUUCUGAUACUUGUUUUAUAAAGCUAGUAUAGAUUAUCUGCUUUGCUUCUUC